GCGCUGCAGGCUCGAGCCCACCGUGGUCGGCUACAACUCGUCGAUCAGUGCGUGCGCCAGGGGAGGCCAGUGGCGGCUCGCGCUGUCGCUGUUCAGCAAGGCCGCGGACUUUGCGCUCGAGCCCGACGUCGUCGCCCACAACGCGGCCAUCAGCGCCUGCGCGCGGCGGGGGAGGUGGCGGCGGGCCCUGCUGCUGCUCGGCGGGCUGCGGGCCGCGGGGCUCCGGGCGAGCGUCGUCAGCUACAGCGCCGCCGUCAGCGCCU